GUAACGCAGUGUAGGCGGAGCGACGCUGCUUAAAACUGCCGUGACGUCAUCUUCAAUGCGACAAAGCGACACAACACACAACAAUGGAGGAUGUUGAGAAGAUCGUUGGCUUGUUGCUUGCUGUGUGGUUCUUUAUCACAACAAAUAGUCAAGAGAUGACUCGAAAGAGGCGACUUGUAGCAAGACGAGGUAUAGAGGCAGCUGACGCGAGAGUUCUGGCAGCCCGCAGAGACUACUGGAGGACUCUAACUACUACUACUACUACUACUGCUACCAAUACUUCUUCGAGACUACAAUGCUACUUGAAGUUACUUCGCCGCCCUAGACCAUGCGUUUGGAUGGUCGACCGAGCUACCGAGUGGUGGAAUGUGAUUGUUCCAUCUUUCACACACACUCAGUGGGUGGAGAACUUCAGGAUGUCUGAAGAAACCUACGUCUACCUGUGCAACAAACUGCGGCCAGCGAUGGAGAAACAGGACACAUCAUUCCGCGUGUGUAUACCUUUUAAGAAGAGAGUGGCCAUCGCACUGUGGAAGCUUGCUACCGGCUGUGACUACAGAAGCAUAGGACAUCUUUUCGGAGUGAGCAAGACAACUGUGUGCCGGUGUGUGCAAGACUUCUGUGCUGCUGCAGAGACGUUGUUAGUACCGGAACUAAUUCGUUCACCAGACCGGGAGAAAUUUGCAGAAAUGGCUGCCUACACUGAGAACAGGUGGGGGCUCCCUCAGUGUGUAGGUGCUAUUGAUGGAUCACACAUACCCAUCUUGGCACCACAGGAAUACCACUGUGACUAUUUCAACCGUAAAGGCUGGCACUCCAUCAUCCUUCAAGGAGUUGUUGAUGGUAAGGGACAUUUCUGGAAUGUGUUUGCAGGAAUGCCUGGGAGCAUGCAUGACGCUCGGGUUUUGAGACUGUCCACAUUGUGGGAGUUGGCCAGUCGUGGCAACUACUUUCCAGCUUGCACCAGGAACAUUGGUGGGGUGAAUGCUGGCUAUUACAUCCUGGGAGACAAUGCCUAUCCCUUGCAAAACUGGCUCAUAAAACCCUUCGCUGACACUGGACGGCUAACAGAAGAACAUGUGACAUACAACAAGAAGAUUUGCAGAGUACGGGUAGUGGUUGAAAACGCUUUUGGUAGACUGAAGGGAAGGUGGCGUUGCCUCAUGAAAAGAAAUGACUGUGAUGUGAAACUUGUUAAAUCAAUGGUGCUGACAUGCUGUGCUCUGCAUAACCUCUGCGAGAGUCAUGGAGAGACCUAUGAUGAUGGGUGGGAUGCACCAGCAGCAGCAGAGCCAGGGGUAGCAGUGGCACAAGGUGCAGAGGAGGAGGGCAGGGACAUACGAGAGGGUCUGAUGCGCUACCUGAAUCCAUAAAGUCAUUGUAUGGUAUUGA